AUGUCUGGACUUCUAGCGAAACAAACCUUUUCACAAACCCGUUCACUUUCUCGUUUAUCAAUAAGUUCUUCAUUUAGAUUUCAACAAAGAUUCAAUUCUUCUCUUGUUAAAGAUCUUAAAGAACCUUCUUCUAAAAGCACUACUCAAGAUGUUUCACAUGCAGCAGCACCUGGAACUGAACCAACCAUACCGGCAGAGGUUAUAUCUGGUGCUCCAGAGGAGCUUCGAUAUCGUACUGUAAGAAUCUAUAAACCUUCUAAGACCGCUAUGCAAUCAGGAACACAUAAUACCAAACAUUGGAGAAUUGAUUUUGAUGUAUUGGAAAAAGGUGAUAAAUGGGAAAAUCCAUUAAUGGGUUGGUUUAGUAGUGCUGAUUAUAUGCAAGCAUUACAAAUGAAAUUUAAUACAAAAGAAGAUGCUAUUCAUUUUGCUGAAAAACAAGGUUGGGAUCAUUAUGUCCAAGAACAUUACGAACCACAAUUUCGUAAAAAGGUGUAUGCUGAUAAUUAUAAAUAUUCACCAGGAAAAUUAAGAAUAAUAAAGACUAAAUAA